AAGCUGCUCACUCUCGCUGUACUUCUACUUCUUUACUUUCUCUAUUGAACCGCAUUAACACUCCCAUCCUUCUUCAACCGCUUACUCACGUACACACAACUCAUAUCCACAACCAUCUUUUCUCCCCCAUUUCCCUUUUUUCUACCUCACCAACUUCACCUCCUUCUAUACUUAAUUCCUCAAUUGUCACUCCCUUACUACAACCGUACUUCGAUAUGAGCGUAUCUACCAGAGCUGCCCAGAGGGCAGUACUCAUAAACCCCUUCGCUGGGAGAAGUUCUGCUCGACCCGGUCUCGCGCUUCCUUCGGCAUAUCUAGGACGGCAGGCCCGGCAAUUCCCCUCAGAUUUCGCAGCUCGAGCCCUUCUAAUCCCUAUUCGAAGCAUAUCAACCGAAAGGCAUUCAGUUGGGCCACCCGACGGCCCACCACCAGGCUUCAAUGCAGAACAAGCCAAAAAACCACUUCCUAAGACAGAGAUGCCCUCGGCAAGCAAGAAGGCAUCUGAAUCUAGGACAAAAACGCCCGAGGGGACGGCCACAGUAAAGUCGACAGAACCCUCCCUUGACGAGCCUUCUGCCGAACCCAAGUCUUUGACCGAGCUAGCCGCGAAGAAGGAUGCAGAUAUCGCGAAGCAGGAGGAAAAACAAGAGAAGAAAUUGACACUCAUGCAAAAAGUCAAGCAUGAAGUUCAACAUUACUGGGAUGGUACAAAAUUGUUGGCGACGGAAGUCAAGAUCAGCAGCAAACUUGCGCUGAAGAUGGCCGCUGGCUACGAACUUACCCGAAGAGAAAACCGACAACUUCAGCGAACAGUCCAAGAUCUUGGCCGUUUAGUGCCAUUUUCAGUCUUUAUUAUCGUCCCUUUUGCCGAGGCUCUCCUUCCUAUCGCCCUCAGACUCUUCCCCAAUCUUCUCCCUAGCACAUACGAAGGCCAGCAGUCCAAGGACAAGAAGGCUGCGACAUUAAGAGCGACUCGUAAGGAGGUCAGCUCUUUCCUCCGGGACACUUUGAAGGAGACUGGAUUACCCCUGUCGCCUAGCACGACACAAAAAGAGGAGUUUGCCACAUUCUUUAGGAAACUUCGCGCUACUGGGGAGAAGCCGAGUGCGGACGAUGUCAUCAAAGUCUGCAAGGCGUUUAGGGAUGACCUAACUCUUGAUAACUUGUCAAGGCCGCAAUUGGUGUCAAUGUGCCGAUACAUGAACUUGAACACGUUCGGUACGGAUAUCAUGCUCCGAUACCAGAUCCGUCACAGAAUGCGACAAAUCAAGAGGGACGACAAGGCGAUCAGCUUCGAGGGCGUUGACAGUCUUAACGUGGCCGAGCUACAGACAGCUUGCGCCAGCCGAGGUAUCAAGACACACACAGUUUCCCCGGCUAGAUUACGGGAUGACCUUCAAUCCUGGUUGGACCUACGAUUAAAGCACGGCGUUCCUUCUACGCUACUUGUACUUAGCAGUGCUUACAUGUAUGGCCAAAAGACCGAGGAGAGUGGUUUCCACAGUCAGAUCGAGGCCUUGACGGGUGUAUUGUCGUCUAUCCCCGAAGAGCUAUACCACGAAAUUGAACUCGAGGUACACAAUGCUGAGGGCGCGGCGACCAACAAGCAACGUCUCGAGGUUCUCAAGGAGCAGCAAGACCUCAUUGAAGAGGAGAAUGAGCAAAACCAAGAGAACCAGGACACCGGUCUCGCGACACCUAAGGAUGUUGACGACAUCGAUGAGAAGGAGGAUAGGGCUGCUCUAGCCGCAUCUGAGCAAGGCCUUGACAAGGAGGUUGUGGGUGAGGCUGUUGAUGCCGAGGCUGACCGGAUCCAGGCUAAGGAUGCGCAAGACGCGCAGGCUGCUCAACAAGGAGAGCAGGAACAGAAGAAGGUGGAGGAUGCGAAGAAAAUCGAAAACUAAAAACGCUUGCUAGAAAGUGUAGGCGACUCGAGAUAAACUAACGACAAGAGUGUAUGAAUGGGAUAUCAAAUCAAAAUCCAACCACCUAAACGACCAAACAAAGAAUAUUACUGCAUCGCUUCUCUUUUGUUUCAAUAGUGUAUUAUGAAAAACACAACACGGAAACGACUUCGUGUUAUGUAUCACAAGCGAAUAAGGGGAUGGGGAGACACUAGGGGGGUUGGCAUAGGGAGUAGCGGAUUUUUUCUACACCAACCUUUUAACUUACCUCUUCAGAAACGGGAUGCGGAAGAUAGGGAAAGGAUAGGAAGGGAGGCGUGUCGUGUGUUCAAUUAUCAUAGAUAGACAGAGACAGACAGACAGACAUCUCCAGCUUUGUUGUCGUUAGGGAAAUCGAGACGGCGAAAAUAGACUACUUUGACUUUUGAUCUGUCCCUUUUUGUAUUAUUUUUGCUUUUUUUCAUGUUUGUUUUCGCAGGUUAGUAAUUUUGUGGCUGAUGUGGAGUUAUGAUGGUCGCAUGAGUGGGCUGAGGGAUAUUUCUAUGCGACCUGUUGGUCUCUUGAAUUAGUGUAGAACGUGCCAAGGUGAUCCUAUUUAUGCUCUUUUUAUCUGUAG